GGCUUUUCGUUUUGCUCGUUUCGACCGGUUUGAUUUUGAAUUCAAAAUUUGGACUAUUUGGGAACGGCGAACAAACACAAAAUAACUCCUGUCUUGUUCUGUUUUUCGGGCUAUUUUGUUAAGGAAACAGAGAAUUUGUAAAAAAGUACAACAAAACAGAUAAAAAUACGAAAAUAUUCUGAGAAAUUGGAAUAUUUUUGCCACAAUUCAAAACUCCCGCGUUUUGGCGCCAUUUUGAAAAGAUUUAAAUUUAAAGGGAACUGGCAACAUGGCGGUCGAAGGGUGAAUUUUGAGCAGAACUUUUUGCAAUUUCUUUUUAUUUUUACGGCGUAUCUCGUGUGCUUUCGGAUGGCUUGAAUCUACAGACUUAAAGGCAAACUUUCAAUGUACUAUUUGAGAAGUACCUAGGCGUUUUGGGUGGCUAAUUUUGAAAAUAAUCGCGUAUCAAAAUGGCCAUGAACCACUUUGAAGUUUCUACUACUGUCGAAGCAGACAAGCAGAUAGUUUUGAAUUGUAGACAUGGAGAAGCGGUCAGACAUGCUCUCGUUUUACUAGAAGGAGAAAUAAAGCCUUUUACAAAUGAAAUUUCUUGUGAAGGCUCCACAAACGAAAUUAAUCUUGGACCAACACAAGAAGACACCACUUUGAAGGUUCAAAAUUUGUCAAAUUCCAAAGCAACCGAGGCGUUUAUUUAUCACAAAGGACAGUGUCAUCGUUGGCCUGUGGUCAAAAAUAGGUUCAAAGCGUUUGUAAAGUUGGAUAAAGGGACGAAUUUGCUAAAAGUCCAGUGUCAUGAAUUAAAUUUGGAAAAGGAAUUGAGCAUUUCUUAUGAAAAACAAGAAAGUCAACAGAGGUAUAUUAAAAAUCAGAAAUGUAUCCUAGUCCAGGACUAUAGACUCGUAUGGAGAAUCAGAGAAAUGUAUAAGACGUGAACUGGGCUUUUCACCGUGGGGUUCGGAAAUUUACAGUGGCGUAACGCUCGUUGGGUAGGGUUAGUUCAAAAACUAAGCGCCCCCGACAGUUAAGGGCGCCCAUCAGCCAUGGCCUAUUGCCCAGAAAAUUAGAAUAUGUAAGAAAAUGCAGGUUAAGAAUCAAUGGGAAAAUGCAAAAUUAAUAAUUAGCAAUUAGUUGCCGAAGGCGAGGGAAUUAUCGGUGAAUAAAAACCGAGACAAAGUCGAGGUUUUUAUUCACGAUAAUCACCGAGCUGCCAUUUCGUACAGUAAAUAUUGGAAUUUUUUAUACGUUUCUAAAGGAGCAAACAAACUUAAAAAGUAUGUUUAGUGCUUUAUCUGUAAAAUUAUGCUAAAAUGAAGAGAUUUUAGAAAGAAGAGAAAAUGAUGUCUGAAGUUCAGUAAGUUUUGCUUAUAUUGCUGUAUAAAUAUGGCGUCAAUUUUGCAGCAUCAAUGAUAAUUGUAUUUAAAUUGACAAUAUUUAACUAUUAUUUUGUGUUUCUCAACCGCCAGAUACAUUUAAAAAGGUUGCUGACUGUGUCAACUACAAAAUAAAGCUAAAACAAAGUAAUCUUGAGAGGAACGCCAAAACGAUUUUCGGUUUGAACAUUUUUCAUCACAAUUACUAUUAAUAUUAUUUUUUUAUUAAUACCCAAUUUUUUAUAUUUGUAAGGUAUGUUCGAGUUGUCUAUAUUAAAUGUUCUGAAAGUGAUGGCUCAUUUGACGCUCCUGACGAUGUAAACAACAGCCUAGAUAUGGCGUUAGAAAAACUUCGCUUCAAUGUGCUGCUUCUGCAGACGUUCAUGGCAGAAGAGAUGAAUAAACAUGGAUUUGGUUAUCAAACUUUUGAACUGGAACAGAAUGAGAAUGGUGAAAUAUUAGCUCAUGUUUUUACAAGUGAACUGACUACUGAGAAAGCACAUGAAAUGAAUGGUGAUCAACUGUAUAGUUGGUUUCACAAAGGUAUCAUUAAUAUUUAAUGAGGAAAAUCUUGCAGAGCAAUCAAUAGGUCAAUUAAAGUUACUUUAGUUUAGGCUUCCUCCUGUAGUAACACUGGAUCAAUAAGAGAUCAUCCUUACUGGACCUCUAGGAAGAACAGUUUAGAACUGAUAGAACUAUCCAGUAUAAAUAAAGUUAGUUUAGUUUAGGUUUCCUCCUGUAGUAAUACUGGAUCAAAAAGAGAUGAUCCUUACUGGACCUCUAGGAAGAACAGUUUAGAACUGAUAGAACUAUCCAGUAUAAAUAAAGUUAGUUUAGUUUAGGUUUCCUCCUGUAGUAACACUGGAUCAAUAAGAGAUGAUCCUUACUGGACCUCUAGGGAGAACAGUUUAGAACUUAUAGACCUAUCCAGUACAAAUAAACUUAGUUUAGGUUUCCUCUUGUAGUAACACUGGAUCAAUAAGAGAUGAUCCUUGCUGGACCUCUAGGAAGAACAGUUUAGAACUGAUAGAGCUAUCCAGUAUAAAUAAAUUUAGUUCAGGUUUCUUCCUGUAGUAACACUGGAUCAAUAAGAGAUGAUCCUUACUGGACCUCUAGGGAGAACAGUUUAGAACUGAUAGAGCUAUCCAGUAUAAAUAAAGUUAGUUUAGUUAAGGUUUCCUCCUGUAGUAACACUGGAUCAAUAAGAGAUGAUCCUUAGUGGACCUCUAGGGAGAACAGUUUAGAACUGUUAGAGCAGAAGUAUCCAGUAUAAAUAAAGUUUAGUUUAGUUUAGGUUUCCUCCUGUAGUAACACUGGAUCAAUAAGAGAUGAUCCUUACUGGACCUCUAGGGAGAACAGUUUAGAACUUAUAGACCUAUCCAGUACAAAUAAACUUAGUUUAGGUUUCCUCUUGUAGUAACACUGGAUCAAUAAGAGAUGAUCCUUACUGGACCUUUAGGAAGAACAGUUUAGAACUAAUAGAGCUAUCCAGUUUAAAUAAACUUAGUUUAUUGUCUCAUUUGCAUUUCAGAGUUAACAAGUUCUUCAUUAAACGACAAAAACUGCAAAUUUUUGGCGUUCAUGUCUUGUUCUCAUUACGACCCUCCGGACGAAAUCAAUCCCAAAGACAUUCCACGCUAUGUGAAGGCACACACUGCCUUGGGAGGCGGGCAACUUGGCUUGUUUGGCACAGCAGGUUUGCACACCUGGGCUGGAGAGGUGGGGGAGUUGGUGAAAUGUUUCACUGACAGCAAGGAAAUUGACAAGAAGAGAUUAUUCGAUGAUAGCGCUGGAAGG